AUGCUUCAACAACAAAACAUCAUCACCGUUCAAAACCCUGACCACAUCAUCAAUCUACCAGAUUCCACCGUUCAAAACCCUGGCCACAUUAGCAAUCUACCAGAUUCCAUCCUUCACUGCAUCCUCUCCUUCUUGCAUGCCACCGAUGCAGUGAAGACGGUCCUUCUAUCAAAAAGGUGGGCCCAUUUGUAUACUUCCACCCCAAAUCUACACUUCCAAAAAUCCCGUCUCUGCAAACGAAACGACAACGAUUUCGUAUCCUUCGUCAACCAAGCUUUGAUUCUCUACGAAAGCCCUACCAUUCAGGAAUUCCAUCUCGUCUUCUAUUAUAAAGGCACUGCGAGACAUCGUUUUAAGAGCCUUCCGUCUUUGGUUAAUGCAACUCUCAAUUUGCAAAUGUCGUUUUACGCCGGUUGGGAUGAUUAUGAAGAGAGCGAGUAUCAUGAUAUUUUUUGCGCACUUCUUGACGCUCUUCGGCAUGCUAGAGUUCUCAAAGUCUGCACUUGGUGUGUUCAGGUGUUGUCAAUAUGGGAGUUGAAAAGGUUUCCUGCUCCCAUCUUUAGCUGCAAUUGUCUGAUACUAGAGACAGGAUUGAGAAAAUGGGAUCUUCCUGGGAUUGUAGGUUUGUUGAGGAGUUCCCCUUAUCUUGAGACUCUCGUUAUAAAGGUAAUUCCCACUUUCUAUCUCAAUUGGGAUGAAACUUUUGAAUAUUUUAUGGCGAAAUAUUAUUUUCAUGGAGUAGAGUACUUGGCAUCACAAGAGUCCAAUCUUCCUUGUCUUGAACAUUGCCUCAAGACAAUCAAGAUAUUUGGCUUCAUCAGUGGGGGAGGUAAAUACAAGAAGCAGAAAGCUUGGUCAGUGAAUCGUAUUCUUAGAAGGUCAAUGAGACAAGGCAUGCUAGUGAAAUUUUUGUUGAAGAAUGCUAUGGUUUUAGACAAAAUGACCAUCUAUGCCAGCAACGAACACGAGUUUAAGAUGAUUAAGAAAUGGUCUGGAGUAUUUUCAGAGGUUUCGAAGGAUAUCCUAGCUUUCCCAAGAGCGUCUUCUCAUGCGGAAGUAUCAUUUUCAUAUGCAUAG